AGAACGGAACGACGGAGCGCUUCCCUGUUCCUCCGAGUCGCCGUCGUUCCCCGUCAUCUUCUGGCGAGAAAUAAAAAGAAGAGAGAGAGGACAGUCUCAGCUCUCCACUGCUUAUCUUUGCCCCGUCACUCUUCCCUGUCUUUCUGUUCCUUCUUUCCUCAGUUCGUAGCUGUGCACUCGGAUCGCGUGGUGAUCGCGCGCUUUCCUUUCCCUGUCGUCGUUGGACGUCUUUUUCUCUCCGCUGGUUGUUAUCUUGGCUCGUCGUGGUGAAACGACGAUCGCGGUUGUAGGUUGUGGGAGGGAUGGCCGCUGUGACGGAGGGGCCGUCCAUCGACGAAUUCGUCCGCGAGGAGAACUCGUCCGCAGGGCCCGAGGUGGCGGUGAUCUUCGCGGGCGUGUCCUUGGUUCUUGGGAUCGCCUCCAGGCAUCUCCUUCGCGGGACGAGAGUUCCUUACACUGUCGCGCUUCUCAUCCUUGGCAUAGCGCUAGGAGCCGUAGCACAUGGUACGAAUCAAAAGUUGGGCCUUCUGGGAGAAGGCAUUCGACUCUGGUCAGAAAUCAAUCCCGGUCUUCUUCUCGCUGUUUUCCUUCCUGCCUUGCUAUUUGAGAGUUCGUUCUCCAUGGAAAUUCACCAGAUAAAGAGGUGCCUGGUUCAAAUGUUGCUCCUUGCUGGCCCUGGUGUGCUAAUAUCAACAUUUUGUCUUGGAACUGCCAUGAAGCUCACCUUUCCUUACAACUGGAGCUGGAAAACUUCAUUGUUGUUGGGAGGUCUUCUUAGUGCCACGGACCCUGUAGCUGUUGUUGCUCUGUUAAAGGAGCUAGGAGCAAGCAAAAAGUUGAGUACAAUAAUUGAAGGGGAGUCACUAAUGAAUGACGGGACAGCAAUUGUGGUGUAUCAACUUUUUUAUGAAAUGGUGCUUGGCGAGACUUUUGAUGCGGCUGAUGUGGUUAAGUUUCUAUCAAAAGUUUCUCUUGGCGCUGUAGCUGUUGGUCUUGCUUUCGGGAUAGCAUCUGUUUUGUGGCUGGGGUUUAUUUUCAAUGACACCGUCAUAGAAAUCACUUUGACACUGGCAGUUAGCUACAUUGCUUACUUCACUGCUGACAAGGCAGCUGAUGUUUCUGGUGUCUUAACGUCAUGUUAUGCCUUUCCCAGGUUUUAUUCUGCAGUUGCUAGAACAGCUUUUAAGGGUGACAGUCAGCAGAGCUUGCAUCAUUUCUGGGAAAUGGUUGCUUAUAUUGCAAAUACACUAAUCUUUAUAUUAAGUGGGGUUGUUAUAGCUGAAAGCGUUCUUGGGAGCAGCAUCAGUGAGAAGUACCAAGGAGUUAAAUGGGGCUAUCUCUUUGUUCUUUAUGUAUUCAUUCAAGUGUCCCGAUUCAUUGUUGUGGGAACACUCUUUCCCUUGCUACGAUAUUUUGGCUAUGGUUUGGACUGGAAGGAAGCAGCAAUUCUUAUUUGGUCUGGCUUGCGUGGAGCUGUUGCAUUAUCAUUAUCAUUGUCAGUUAAACGUGCUAGCACCAAAAUAACUACAGCGUAUCUAAAUGCAGAGACAGGAUCCCUGUUUGUUUUCUUCACUGGUGGGAUUGUAUUUUUGACUCUUAUUGUGAAUGGUUCUACCACACAAUUUGUACUUCACCUCCUUGGAAUGGAUAAAGCGUCACCUGAGAAGAUACGCAUACUAGACUAUACAAGAUUUGAGCUGAUGAACAAGGCCUUGGAAGCCUUUGGGGAACUUGGAGACGAUGAAGAGUUAGGGCCUGCAGAGUGGUCUACAGUGAAGAGAUAUAUAACGUGCUUGGAUGAGAAUGAUGCAGAGAAAAUACAUCCUCAUAUCAUAUCUGAGAGCCAGCGCCAUUUACAUAACUUGAAUUUGAAAGAUAUUCGAGUACGCCUUUUAAAUGGUGUUCAAGCUGCUUAUUGGGGAAUGCUGGAAGAGGGACGGAUAAACCAAACUUCUGCUAUUCUAUUAAUGCAAUCAGUUGAUGAGGCGCUGGAUGUUGUAUCUCAUGAACCUUUAUGUGAUUGGAAGGGUUUAAAGGCCAAUGUACAUUUCCCAAGCUACUAUAAAUAUCUCCAGUUUAGCCGUUUGCCUCAAAAGCUGGUGACAUAUUUUACAGUGGAGCGGCUGGAGUCUGCCUGUUAUAUAUGUGCAGCAUUUCUCCGUGCUCACAGAAUUGCAAGGAGGCAAUUGCAUGAUUUUAUUGGGGAAAGUGAGAUUGCUGCUAUAGUCAUUCAGGAAAGUGAAGCUGAAGGUGAAGAAGCACAAAAGUUCUUGGAAGAUGUCCGGCUUUCAUUCCCGCAGGUGUUGCGUGUUGUGAAGACACGUCAAGUGACAUAUGCUGUACUAGUUCAUCUCAGUGAGUAUAUACAGAACCUUGAGAAGGUUGGAUUGCUUGAAGCAAAAGAGAUGAACCAACUUCAUGAUGCAGUACAGACUGACCUGAAAAAGCUUUUAAGAAAUCCUCCCCUGGUAAAGAUGCCUAAAUUGGGUGAUAUAUUAAGCAUGCAGCCCCUUCUUGGAGCACUCCCAACCAUCAUCCGUGAACCUAUUGAAGGCUCUGCAAAGGAAAUGAUGAAAUUACGUGGAGUUUACUUAUAUCGAGAAGGUUCAAAACCAAAUGGAGUAUGGCUUAUUUCAAAUGGAGUGGUGAAAUGGACCAGUAAGAGUCUGAGAAAUAGACAUUCUAUGCAUCCAACAUUUUCACAUGGAAGCACUUUGGGACUUUAUGAAGCUCUAGUUGGGAAACCAUACCUGUGUGACAUAGUUACUGAUUCUGUGGUACACUGUUUCUUCAUUGAAACAGAGAAGAUAUUGUCAGUACUUAGAUCGAAUCCAUCAUUAGAAGAAUUUUUCUGGCAGGAAAGUGCAAUUGUGUUGGCUAAACUCUUGCUACCUCAAACAUUUGAGGAAAUUUCUCUGCAAGAAUUAAGAUCUCUUGUGGCUGAAAGGUCAACUGUGAACAUUUUCCUGAGGGGCGAAGUUAUAGACUUGUCUCCAAAUGUAGUAGGAUUUGUAUUGGAAGGUUUUAUCAACCAGGAUGACAAGGCGGAUUUGAUUAGAGCUCCAGCAGUACUUCUUCCUUUUCAUGAAGAAAAGCUACUUUUCAGUUUUGGUGGUCAAGCAACAAGCUUUUGUUAUCAUGCGUCAUCCUAUCAGGCUGAAACAAGAUCAAGAAUUAUCUUCUUUGAUAUUGGUUCUACUCAUACAGACGGUAUACUGCAAAGGUCAUCAGCUUCGUGGAUUUCACAUUCCUUUGAACUGCCAGGACACCAGACUCGAGAACAUGGAGGCCUUGUAAGUUGGCCCGAGCAUGCCUUCUUGUCCCGAAAGCACUUAGAGCUCCCACCUGAAGCUGCUUUUCAAUCAAAGAAGUACUCUGAAAGAGCAAUGCAAGUUGGCAUCUUUGGUAGCAUGGUGAAUUUGCGAGCUAGACGAAACAGAAGUUUUCCAUGGAGUUAUCGUUCUAAAUCAUUUCACAGUAUGUCAUUUCCAAGAAUGCCUUCAAAGUUUAAGAGACAGGCAUCUGCUCGUCCACUUAAAUCUGUUCGUUCAGAAGGUGAAACAGUGAUGGGGAGUCAGAGACUUGACCGCUCCACCAAGGUUGAUCCUGCUCCUGCAUUGGUAAGUGAUAGCAGGAAAGGGAAACGCACGGCAGAUGAGUCAAGCGAGGAAUCUGGAGAUGAUGAGGUUAUAGUGAGAAUUGACUCUCCAAGCCGGCUUAUCUUCCAUCAACGUCCUGGUAAAACAUCACAUCCAAAUCCUUAGAAGAGUUAUAUUGUUCAUUCAUAUACAUCAUCGGUCUAUGUUACAAUGUAGUAUCUUGUAUCAUAUGCUAUCUGUAAGCAACUUUUGUGGUAGAAUUCAUAUUUUAUGUGGCUUCUGGCAUUUGCCUUUGUGGAAGUCAUUUUGGGCCUUCUCUAAUAAAAUCAAGUGCAGCUUUUGUGAUUGAA